AUGCCUCCCGUCGCUGCCCAUACGACGGGCUCUUCCGAUGCUGCCGCAGCCCUCAGAGGCGCAACCCUCGCUUUCAACAAGAAAAAACCUGCACCUCCACCUCCACCAAAGGACAAUGGCGCGCUGACAGCUGCGACGUCAGCUGGACGUCCCCGAAGCCCUACAAAGCGGCUCGGAGCACAGAGCACAGGCGGAAGUACAAUCGACAACGAGCAAUACACCCAAGGUCAGAAUGGGGCCUCAAUAGCGGCGCGACUGAGACAGCUGGGCUCUAGUCCGGGUCAGCUUCAUCCAAGUGUAGCCGCCGGGAGGGCAGAUCCUAAGAGCGCAAGCUUCAUCGCUGCGACACUGGCGGCCAGUCGAAGUGCUAGUCCAAGUCCCAAAGCUCGAACACCGCGGAGGAAGACUAGCAUUGGAGGUUCGACAAGCAGCGGUGAAAUAGUUGAUUCGGGGUCUAUUCCACCAACUGGGUCACUUAUCUCGAUGUUUGAGCAGAGUCGUACAGGCGAUCCUGUGAAACGAAGCACCCCCAAGAGAACCCCUGUCAAAGCGCCCAAGGAACAGGUCGAUAGCAUCUCAGAAGGACGGAUAUCAUACUCGCAAGACAUUCCUUCAUUGGAAUUGAAGCCAAAACCAAAACCAAAACCAAAACCCCGUCCAUUGACACCAGGGCCGCAAACGCCCAGCAAACCACCUCCGGAGUUAUUAUCACCCAAGCCAACACGCCCCCCCAAACCUGUCUUGAGGCCACAAACACCACCUCAGAUCAUCACACGCCAUGCAACUCACUACCUCUCAACUCCAUCUCCGGAUCCUCAAAAGCGCAGUCCAAAGCCUAUAGUGCAAGAGAAGCAACGGCCUCCAACCCCACCACAACCCAGAGGAGCAAGCAAACCAAAAGUCGAGUCUAAGAGUGUCUUACAGGAUAGACCAAUGGCUAUUACACAAAAACGCGUUGCUCCCCAACUGGAACCCCGUUUAUCUCGUCGAAGGCCUAGUCCGCCUACUCCCACAGAGGCAAGGCCAACCUCGGCGCUUACAAUGUCUUCAGACGAUACUUUCGUGUCUGCGUCAUCUGUGCAGUCGCCUGUAAGGGAGUCGCCUCCGCCAUUGCUGAGACGACAUUUUACAGGUAGCAACCCACCUUCACCGACGAGAGAUUUCAGACGCGGCCAUAUCAAGAGCUCAUCGGUCUCAAGCCUCCCACUCGAGUCUCUCACAAGUGCUAUUGUGGCGGGCUCACUUGCAUCAGCUCGUCUGACACCUCAUAAUACUGGAGGCAGCCUUGCUCCACCAUUGCCUCGGCGACAAAAAUCACCUCGCUUGAUGCAAACUUUACGGCAGCCGCCCAAAACUACGGAAGAAGAUGCUGAUCGUCACAAAAAGAAGGGUCUAAAGCUCCAUAAAGGAAAGCAUGCACAUCAUGAAGGCUCGCGGAAGAAGUGGCGAGAAGAGGUGACGCCCCGUGAGCGGAAGCGUUAUGAGGCAGUAUGGGCCUCGAACCGCGGCCUAUUGCUGGAUACGCCUAACGCGCCCUACGAAGCUAUGGACGGGGACUCUUCAGAGUACGUCCUUAACACAGUCGUUCGCGAGAUCUGGAAACGCUCUCGCCUACCAGCAGACGAGUUGGCCGAAGUCUGGGACUUGGUUGACCGCAAGGGACAAGGCGUUCUGGGACGCGCAGACUUCGUCGUUGGUAUGUGGUUGAUCGACCAGAGACUUCGUGGACGCAAGAUUCCAACCAAAGUAAGCGCCAGUGUCUGGGGCAGCGCCAAUGGCUUGAAGGUGGAUAAUAAGAGACAUGGACAUAAACAUUAG